GCAGCAAGGCUGAACAACUGGCCCCCGCUGCCCUCCUUCUGCCCGGUGAAGCCGUGCUUCUACCAGGACAUCCCCGUGGAGAUCCCCGCCGACUUCCAGAGGACGGUUUCUACCAUGUACUACCUCUGGAUGGCCAGCACCAUCGCUCUCUUCUUGAACUUCUUGUCCUCGCUGGCCUGGUUCUGUGUGGAGCCCUCAUCUGGGUCUGGGUUUGGCCUCUCCAUCCUCUGGGCUCUCCUCUACACACCCUGCUCCUUCGUCUGCUGGUACCGGCCCAUGUACAAAGCUUUCAGGAGCGACAGUUCGUUCAACUUCUUUGUCUUCUUCUUCGUCUUCUUUGCCCAGAAUGUGAUGUACGUGCUGCAGGCCAUCGGCAUACCAAACUGGGGAUUCAGUGGCUGGAUAUUGAGCCUGAUAGCACUGCGGAAGAACACAGCCGUGGCUGUGAUGAUGAUCCUGGUGUCCCUGUUCUUCACAGCAGUGGCUGUGUUGGGCAUCAUUAUGCUGAAAAAGAUCCAUUCCCUGUACCGCCGGACGGGCGCCAGCUUCCAGAAGGCGCAGGAGGAGUUUGCCGCCGGGGUCUUCUCCAACCAGGCGGUGCGCACGGCCGCGGCCAACGCUGCUGCGGGCGCCGCCACCAACGCCUUCCGGGCACCGUAG